AACGGUAGAUUCGGAUAUGGAUUCCAAUCCAUCAUUUCAAACGGGUCACAAUGUUCUGAAGUAUUAAUUAAAAAUACAGAGAAGGGGGAGAGACUCUAUUUCUCCUCGUAGAAAAUCCUGAGAGGGAGAGAGAGAGAGAGAGAGAGAGAGAGAGAGGAAUAGGAAUGGAGAACAAGAAAUCACUCCUCCGAGUCCGCUUCCGAGUCACGGCCAAAAGACGGGGGCGGGAAUCCAAGCCCUCCGGUCCCGCCAAGAACCUGCUACGGGAUGCCGAUUCCUACAACUCCGUCAAGAAGCUGCAGCGCCGCGAGAUCGGACUUUCCAGGAAAAUGUCCUGCGGUCGGUCUUACAAUGCCCAGGAGAAAUUCAGGAACUUCCACCUCCAGGAAGAGUUUGAUAUGUAUGACCCAGGGGCUCACUGCUUUCCAAGGUUGCCGUUUCUUAAUAAGAGAUCCAAAAUCAUAGAGAUUGUUGCAGCAAAGGAUGUUAUAUUUGCUCUGGCACAGUCUGGUCUCUGUGCUGCUUUUAGUCGGACAACGAACAAACGUAUAUGCUUCCUGAAUAUAAGUUCAGAUGAAGUAAUUAGAAGCCUUUUCUAUAACAAGAACAACGAUUCACUUAUCACGGUAUCAGUUUAUGCAUCGGAUAGCUUUAGCUCCUUGAAGUGCAGAACUACACCCAUAGAGUAUAUUAGGAGGAAUCAAUUGGACGCUGGAUUUCCGCUCUUUGAAUCAGAAUCACUGAAAUGGCCUGGUUUUGUUGAAUUCGAUGAUGUUAAUGGCAAAGUACUAACAUAUUCAGCCCAGGAUGGCAUUUACAAGGUGUUUGAUCUAAAGAACUAUUCCUUCCUGUACUCUAUAUCUGACAAAAACGUUCAGGAGAUUAAAAUCAGUCCAGGAAUUAUGCUGUUAAUAUGCUAUAGAGCCCCUGGUUAUGUUCCUCUGAAGAUACUCUCCAUCGAAAAUGGGACUGUGUUAAAAUCUUUCCAUCACUUGCUGCAUCGUAACAAGAAGGUUGAUUUCAUCGAGCAGUUCAAUGAGAAGCUUCUGGUCAAGCAAGAAAACGAGAACCUGCAAAUUCUCGAUGUGAGGAACUCGGACUUGACUGAAGUGAGCCAGACAGAGUUCAUGACUCCAUCUGCGUUCAUCUUCCUUUAUGAGAACCACCUUUUCUUGACAUUCCGGAACAGAACUGUUGCUGUGUGGAAUUUCCGAGGAGAGCUGGUUACUUCAUUUGAGGACCACUUGUUGUGGCACCCUGACUGCAACACAAACAACAUCUACAUAACCAGCGAUCAGGACCUGAUAAUCUCCUAUUGUAAAGCUGAGGAAGGAACAGAAGACGAUGGAGAAGCUGGCGCAGUCGGAUCAAUCAACAUGAGCAACAUCCUAACAGGAAAAUGCAUUGCAAAGAUCUCUUCGAGCGACCCCAAUCUUCAGAUCAGCCCGCGGGGCAGAACGGGCAGGUCUUGGAUCCGAAGCACUGUCCAGGAAGCUCUCGAAGAUGUUACUGCCCUCUUCUAUGAUGAGGACCGAAACGAGAUCUACACUGGCAACAAGCAAGGUCUGAUACAUGUCUGGUCAAACUAGACACAGGUGGCCCAGUGUCGAUCGCAUGGUGGGUAAAAAGAGCACCCGUCCGCAUUAAUAUAUACAUCCAGCUGUAUCAUAUAGUCUAGAUAAAUGUGUAUAGGGUUUAAAGUCAUGGUUCUAUAAAUUGAGUGUCACACUCUUUGUUGGGUGUAUGUUCAUAUCUUGUAAGCUUGACUAUAGCUGCUUGAGAAAUUGAUUUUUUUUUUUUUCCCUUUUUUGUUGUUGCCAUGGCCCCAAAAAUUCAUUUUGUCACAUUUCUUACAUCGAUCCAGUUUUCUAUCAAAGGAUUCAGUUGUUACAUUGAUGU